ACUUUCAACACCGCAUCUCAUACCAAGAUGUUCUCCCGGGCUUCGUCUCGCAAGGCCGUCGCGGCCGUCUCCCGACUCGCCACUCGCAAUGCCGCCCCGAUGAGAACCUUCAUGGCCCCGACUGUCUCCCGGAGAGCCGACUUCGUACAGGAGCUUUACCUCAAGGAGCUCAAGGCAUACAAGCCGGCGCCGAUCAAGGAGUCGGACUCGGUCGGCCAGGUGGCCGUCUUCAGCCUUCCCAAGGCGCCCAAGUCCCCCGAGGAGGCCGACCUGGCGUCGAGCCUAAAGGAGUACGAGAGCAUGGCGGUCGAGGUUGAGGGCCAGGAGGGCGCCGUCGCCGGCCAUGCCGCCCCCGUUCUUGAGGACUGGCUUGUUGAUGAGGAGGAGGAGGAGGCCGCUCACCACUAGAUGCGCCCUUGGGGGGAGCCUUAUCGGAAGGAUAGGCCACACCAGACGGGAUGGGUGGCUUGGGAGACGCAGAAGACAGAUGGAUCGGGCUGUUGCCGAUGUGGCUGACCGACUAGGACCAGCGACCAGCAGUCCUUACUAAUAGGUACAGGACGGGACAAAAAAGGGUCGAUUUCUUCUUCAAUACUGUGCUUGAGGGGUGAAGCCGGCGGUCUGAGGGCUUCGCAGGAGGUGAAGGAGUCGUUCCUAGGGUGGGGAAUCCGUGUACAUUGUUCUUUAGCCUUGUUACCA